CGCGCCCACCGAAGCGGUGGGGGGGGGGACGGACACACACGGGGUUUAACGGGGCGGAACUGCCGCACAAAGGCGGGGAGUGAGACCUCGGCGUGCUCCUUCCUGAAGUAAGAGGAAUUGCCACAGACUGUCAGGGAGCUGAGCCAUAGCCACAUCACCAACCAUUCCUCAGGAGUCUGAGUGCCUGCUUGAGGCAGGAGCUUUUCCUGGAUCAUCGAGGGAGAGAGCUCUCCCUCCUAAGGGCAGGACAAGCUCUCUCAAGUGCCCUGCUCCAAACUGCCCUCCAGAGGAACUAUUCCAGUCCACAGGCCUGACUUCAAGAUGACACCAGUUACUCGACAAGAAGUUCUUCGUCUUUACCGCAAGAUAUUCCGAAUAGCCAAAAAAUGGGAGUCAGCAUCAGGACAGACAGAAGAAACUAUUAAAGAGAAAGAGUACAUUAAAAAUGAAGCCAAAACAUUAUUCCGAAAAAACAAAAAUGUAACAGACCCAGAGCUGAUUAAACAGUGCAUAGAAGAAUGUGAAGCAAGAAUAGAAAUUGGACUUCACUAUAGCAUCCCCUACCCAAGACCUAUCCAUUUGCCUCCUAUGGGUCUUGCCCACAAACAAGGACGUACGUUGCGACAGCAGGAAAAGUUAAGGAAGAUUUCCAAGCCAAUAUACCUGAAAUCCCAUGAUGAAGUUUCAUAACCCAUCAUUUAAGCUCUGAUGUGUUUAUAUAAUUUAAGAUCUGGACUUUCAUCCAGGUGAUUUGUGUGCAUAACUCUGAAUGAAGCUGUUUUGGUCACUUGUUCACAUAUUUCCUGAGGCUAAAAAACUCAGUGAUGCAUUGCACAUGAUGGAUAAGGUUGCUCUGCUAUUUAUUACCUUUGAAUCACUGACUCAUCAAUAAAAGUAACACUUUUUAAGGA